GCAAGUUUUUUCCCAUACAGACCUCCAGCUUGGUAUAUAACAUAAUUAUAUUUAUUGUCAAUAUUUGUUACUUUCUUUCAAACAAGACUUAACAAAAUAACAGAUAUUACACUGAACAGCUCAGAAAAUUCUUCUGUUACUGUUGAAGUUUGGGGACCUUUUGCACCUGAAGAUAAAGGUAACACUUUCAUAUUUUAGAGGAAUUUCCAGGGCAAAUCUUCAGGCAUCCCCGCCCGAAGAUUGCCACCUUGAUGUGGUGGGGGUGCUUGCGCGCUCCAAUGAGCCCGAGAGCCACACUGGCUGGACCUCUUGAGGUCCUGGUAGGGACACCCAUGCCAGACAGGUCAAAGGUUAGGGGCCAGACAAAGAGCAAUCUACCGGCCCUCCAGGUUUGGGGGUUUUGCAUAGGGCUAACAACCCUAUCAUGUAAAAAGCUUUUGUUACAGAAACAGCAACGUGUAACUUACAAGAAUCAUCUGUGUUGUGGAGGGAACACGUUGCUGCCCUACAUGCCUGUUAGGUGUAAAGGACAUGAGAUGAGAUGAGAUCCAGGGCAAAGAGUUUAAUGGCUGACAUUUUGAGCGUUAGCCCUUUGUCAGAGCAAUUGGAGGAGUUGUGGGUUGUGUGUGGGUUUAUAUGCAAAAAAUGGAGCUACACUAUUGGUGGGAAUAUGGUGACAAGAAAACAAGAAUAAAUUAGUUGAAUGAACAGCGCAUGUUCAUACCGUAGGGAUUAAGAGUGUUGAUUUGGAAGAUAAAUAUUUGGUCUUGUGUUUUACAGCUCUCCGAGCUGCCUAGAUGAAGGGAAAGGCCACAAACUGCCAUAUGCUGCUUAGAAUGGUUAGGGAGAUUUAAGUGUCUAGGGACUGGUUUGGAUGCGUCCUUGUCAUUUCUUUGUACAUCGCAAAGAACUGAUGUCAGGACAAAUGACAAUCAUGAAAGAAUUGACAAGGACACAUCCAAACUGGUUGCUAGACAUUUUAAACUCCUUAAUCAUUUUAAACAGCAUAAUUGGCAGUUUGCAGCCUUUUCCUACAUCUAGGCAGUUUGGAAAGCCAUAAAACACAAGAAUAAAAAUUUAUGUUCCAAAUCAGCACUCUUAAUCCUCAUGGUAUCAAUGAGUGCUUUUCAUUCAACUAAUUUAGUCUUGUUUUCUUGUCACCAUAUCCCCACCAGACUCCCACCAAUAGUGUAGCUCCAUUAUCUGCAUAUAAACCCACAUACAACCCACCACUCCUCCAAUCGCUCUGACGAAGGGCUAACACUCAAAACAUCAGCCUUUAAACUCUGAACAUUAUAGCCAAUUUGGGUUUUUAACUCAGUUGAUAACACUAAAUUGCCUGUUAUACUCUCGCACCAAUGCAGCACCACAUUCUCUUCAGAAACUUACACCCUUUAUUCAAUUUCCAGGGUAGAUUAUGAUACAUAAUCCAUUAACAGGGUAAUUUAGUAUUAUCAACUAAGUUGGUAAUGUAAAUUGGCCAUCAUAAAGAGUAUCAAAGCUGAUGUUUUCAAGCAUUAGCUCUUUGUUGGAGUGAAUGGAUGAAUAUUGUGGGUUUUGUGUGUGUAUGUGUGUGUUUAUAUACAGAAAAUGGAGCUGCCUACAAUUCCUCCAUUUGCUCUGAUAAAGGGCCAACACUCGAGACACCAGCUUUGAAGCUCUUCACUGAGGCCAAUUCAUGUUACCAACUAAGUUAUACCCUAUAAUACUCUCCCACCAGCACAGCACCACAGUUUCUUUAAUUUUAUACUUAACCCCUUCAUUUAUAAUCAAUUAAACUGCAUUUAUGCAAAGAGUCAAAGUUGUUGUUUUGAUGCUUUCCUGUUUUUAUCAAGAGAACCAUGUACAGCCAACACAAAAUCUCACCAUUGGUUUGGUCAGCAUGCCUACCAACACAUCAACAAUUUUUGAUGAGGUAUGAAUGAGGUGAUCAUAUUGCUUUGAUGACCCUUUUGACAUAUGUUCUUAUAGUAAACAGAAAAUUUACUUGCUGUUGAUCCUCUGAUAAGCCAUCUCUCUUUAAGAACCCACCUCCCCUCAAAUCUGAAACUUAAACUAUCUUUUUGAUAACCACUUAACCUUUGACCUCUAAGAAUGACCAGCAUCUAAUUUCUCCUUACACCAUCAGCCCUGAAUCCCACAUGAAGGUCAUGAGAAUAAAGGAAAUGAUCACCAACUUUAGAAGUUCUUGAUUGUUAAACAAAUUCUCCUUGUCAGCACCAUAGUGUCAAAAAUGUGAAAAAGCUGUACCACACUUCCACAAUUAAGUCACGGUUUAUUCCCUUGAUUGAACAAUUUUUACUGCUGCACUUUGGUGAACUCCCACUCACAACUCUCAGCUUAUUCAAAAGGAACACACACUCAACAUCCUGUUGUAAGCACAUGGAGCAGUGCCAUAUAUGAGGCAAUAAAACACAUGCUGCAUACAUGUUUAUUUGGUUAUGUAUAGAUAAACAAAAUCACUUGUAAAUAUCAAUCAAAUUAAAAAUAAGUAGCAUAUCGCACAGUUUCCAACAGUAGGAAAUGUAAAGAGAACAGUAUGGAGAAUAUACAUACUGAUGUUAGAGUGUAAAGGAUCAAUCAGAAGCUUUGAAAAUUUAGCAGCAUCAUAUUAACUUUAACUUCUAUCUUGUUAUACGCAUAUUAUGUUGAGAAACUGUUGGAACAUUUUUGUUUAAUUUAUCAAUGAUGUAAUUAGUGUGGCAUUUCCAACAAAUGAUUGAUUUAAAUGAUUACUAUACCUUGCAGAAAAACAUUGGAAUUAUGUGCAGUUCUACUUUGGAUGAGAAAAAUAGGACUGUUGUCUUAAGAACAAUGACACUUCAGUUUAAUGAAUCUGUCAAGUAAGGGUAAACACUAUCAAUUGACACUUUCUCCUUACAAUAUCAAUGUAAUAUCAACCUGAUAAGUGAUGAGAAUAAAGAAGAUAUCAACUUGGGGAUAAUUAGUUGAUCCAAUACCAAAUAAUGUGAACAAAUAUUGUAAGAAUUGUAUGGUUGAGUGCAAGGAAAAUUACAAAUUUGAUGUGGGAGUUAAAGGGUUAAUCAUAAUUGUAACUAUAAGCAAUUAUCAAUAUAUGAUGUUAAGGUGUUCAAUAGUUGUAAUAACUACUAAUAAAAAACUUGUUGGUAAAAUUUUAAGAACGAUCUCUGGCUGAUAUAAUUUGAAAAAAUUACAAGCCUUCGAGUGCCUGAAUUGCAGUCUUUGAUUAGUGAAAUGUGAAUGAUUACUGUACCUUGCAGCAAACUUGUUGUUGGUAUUCUUUUUAUGAAUAUUUUGUAAUAAUGACUAAUUUUUUUAGUUAUAAUUGAUUAAUAAUUGCUAUUAAUUACAACUUAAUCUAUCAAUUUGGAGUUUCACAGUUUGCAAAUUUCUUAACUCUGUUCUAAAUUAAACUUCCUGUACAGCAUAACGCAUGUGGCUGUGACUGCAACCAUUCCAUACCCAAUUGCCAUUUCAGUGAUGGUUUUUCAAGAAACUGAUCUUGAAAAGACACAUGGGGUAAGGCUUUUUUUUUUAGAAUAAUUUUCACAUUAGAAGAGCAAUCCAUUUGAAAAUUCAGGCAUUUAAACUGUUGUUGAAUGUAGUAUCUCUUAUCUAACAAAAAAAGUUCAUUUGCUUUCUCUUUCAGGUUGUUAUUGCAUCCAUCAUUUUAGUUGGAGUCUACAUACUUAUCAUAUUUGAGGUACCAGUUAGCUGAAUGUUUGUUUGUCUUCUACUUAAUUUGCUUAGUUGAGUUGAAGCAAUUUAAGGGAACUCCUAGCUUUUGGGUUUCCUUCCGUUGUGCAAUGGGUCAUUUGAUCACCUUACAAAAUCUGAUCACUUGGUUAGUUCUCAGCAUAAAUUGGUUCAAUUUCCCCUUUUUUAAUUUUGGUCAGCAAAUUGAUUUGUUACUAAUUAACUUAUAACACAAGAUGUAUCAUUCCCUUUCAGUUUGUUCACCGAGCUAUAGCAGCAAUGUUAGGUGCAUUGGCAAGCUUAGCUUGCUUGUCAAUCAGGAAUAAGGUAUUGAUAAUAAAUAAUUAUCAUGGUAAUGAACACAAUCAUGAUCACUACUCAGACCAUAUGCAGUCAUGAACAUGAUAGCAAUUUUGAUAGUGGUCACUAUCUCAAUCACAAGAGUCAAUUACUGAACAUUUUAACCCUUUCACUCCCAAGAUCUCAUUAGUAAUUCUCCUUACUGUCUGCUAUACAGUUCUUUUGGUAUUGGAUCAACUAAUAAUCCUAAUAAUAUUUUCCUUUAUUCUCAUUUCAUGUCUGCUUGACAUUGUAUUGAUAUUGUGAGGAGAAAUUCUGUUUUGAUCACUUAUGGGAGUUCAAGGGUUAACUGACAGUAUUAUAAAGAAUUGAGUCUCAAGUUAUUAAACUUGGGCACAAGAUUCUUUAUCGGUAUAAAAUUGUUUAUUUUUUAGCACAAGAAACCCUACAAGCUUUUUAGCUGUUAAAUCUCAUUGUUUUUUAAAUAAAGGCUCUUUAUCCAUUUAUUUAUCUAUCCAUGACAAUGUGAACAAAAAUGAGGAUGAUAUUGAUAAACAUGACAACAGCCAGAGCAGUGGCAACAACUACAAUGAUAUACUGUUUGAUAAUUUCCUAAAUAAAAUAGACUGGAGUACUGAGCAGUAAUUAUUAAACCUUUGGAGAAUUUUGGAAAUCAAUGCUUCAGUAUUUAAUCACCUCCUAAGGGGUGAUUAGGGAAGAUAUGAAGUAAUCCCCAACUGACAAAAACAGGCACAUUUCUACAAUUGCAAGUAAACAUUUGUACGUCUAAAAAAAUCAUGUGGUCAUGAACUUAUCUUAUUUUCCUUAGAGACCUUCAUUUGAAACCAUCAUCAGCUGGGUGGAGUGGGAGACACUUUCUCUUCUGUUUGGAAUGGUAUGCACCUUAUUUUGAUAACAAUUACAUUUGUUAAUCCCUUAAACCCUAAAAUCAGUGUGCAUAUUCUCCAUACUGUUCUCUAUACAUUUCCUGAUGUGUUAACCGGGAGAAUUUGUUUAACAAACAAGAGCAUCUUUAGGUGGUGAUCAUUUCUUUUAUUCUUGUGACUUUAAUGAUUGAUUCAGAGGUGACAUUGUAAGGAGAAAUUAGAUGCUGGUCACUCUCAGGGGUCAAAAUGUUUUAACAUUUUCAUGAAUAAAUGCUGAAAAUUUGUUUUUUUUAGCUGUUUUUGAUUUUUUAUCCUAACAGAUGAUUUUGGUUGCCAUUUUUGCUAAGUCUGGGUUCUUUGACUAUGUGGCAUUGAAGGUUCGUGCAGAAUUUAUGCUUUGUUAAUCAUUUCUUGUGUAUUUUUAAUGCAAUUGCAAAACUUGUUACACAAUUUGUUCACCAAGACAUGCUGCUCUUUAUGCCAUUCCUGAGCAAAAUCAAUACAAUUGCCUGGGGCACGCUGUAUUCAUUUUUAUCUUUAAUCUUCAUUGCAUCAUUUAAUUUUCGUUUGAUUGGCCACACGCACCAAAACGUACGGUAACCACUUGAUAACUUUGUGGUUACUUAAAUAUUAUUGCAUGUGGUAACCAUGCGUAAUGAUUUUAGAGAAUGCAGAUAAAUGACUAAAUUUAUGCCACAUCUCUUAAUUGUGGAUCAAUAAUCUUGACUUCACGUUUCCUAGAAACUGAGAACGGCUUGAAACAGACACAAAGCCACAUCUAAUUUUAAAAACUCUCAUGUCAUUCUUUGUCUACUUACAUUUCAAACAGGCUUACAAGCUCUCUAGAGGUCAUGUGUGGGGUCUAAUCACUCUUCUAUGUGGCUGUACAGCAUUGAUCUCUGCUGUUCUGGUAAAUUAAUUUUUAUUUGAAUUGGAAACGUAAAAUCUAUCAAUCCAUUCUAAUAAUGUCCACUUAUCUGCUAAUCCACAGGUCUUUUGGGCAGUCAGUCCAUUAGUCAGUCAGUUAGUUGCUCAGUUAGUCCGUCGCUCAGUACAUAAUUAACUCAGACAGUCAGUUGCUCGGUCAGUUAGUCAGUGCAUUAGUUAGUUAGUCAGUCAGUCUGUCAGUCCAUCAGUCAUUACAUUACUAUUAGUCAGUCAGUCAGUCAGUUAGCCAGUCAGUCGUUCAGUCAGUUGCUCAAUCAGUCAGUAAAUCAGUCAGUAUAUUAGAAAGUUAGUCAGUAAGUCAGUCACUUGGUCAGUCAGUCAGUCAGUUGCUCGGUCAGUCCAUCAGUUAAUACAUUACUAAGUCAGUAAGUCAGUCAGUCAGUUGCUCAGUUAGUCAGUCAGUCAGUUGCUCAGUUAGUCAGUCAGUCACGUGGUCAGUUAGUCAGUCAGUUGCUUGGUUGGUCAGUCAGUCAGUCAGUCACUUGGUCAGUCCGUCAGUCAGUACAUUUCUAAGUCAGUAAGUCAGUCAGUAAGUCAGUCAGUCAGUCAGUCACUCUUUCAGUCAGCCAAUCAGUCAAUCAGUGGCAGAUGCAUGCUAAAAAAUACAUGUGUUUGGGUCUUCAGUACUGCAGGCCAUUCCUAUGAGGAUGGGAUUUGUUUGCAUAAGACUUGAGUAUAAUUUUCUUGUUAAAGGUUUUGCAAUUCCCUUAGUUUUAAAACAGAAGAUUCGGGCAUAUCGUAAUGCUUCAUAAACACAGCUGAUGUCGUGCAAAAGAUGGAACAUUACAUCAAAAGCAAAAUCUCCUUUUCACACGGUUAUAAUACGAUUUGUAAAUUCUUAGACAGGAACAAAAACGAUGAGUAAAUUUACCUCUGUCUCCACUUUAAAACAGGAUAAUGUUACGGUCAUAAUGCUUUUGACGCCAGUCACUGUGACGUAAGUGAAGUAUGUUUUUUUUUUAUUGUUGCUGAUUAUGCAUUUUGGUUUCUGGCUUUGGACCUUUAAACAAUGAUUCUUAAACGGGUUGUUUCCAUUGAUGAAACUAAAUUACCUUUCAGGUUGAGUCAAGUCCUCAAUCUUAAUCCUACAUAUAUCUUGAUAGCUGAAGUAAUAUUCUCCAACAUUGGGGGAACGGCAACAGGUAAAUAUACUACUGCUGUGUUUUAAUUAAUAAUUAAUUCAAAUAUAUUCAAUAAAAGAGUCCAGCUCGACCUCACAUGUGACAAUCACAGGUAAGGUGUAUUUCAAGCCAAUCAUAUCACUAGAUGAAAUCUGCUUUUGUCACCAGAGCCUUUCUCCAGUUACAUGCUCUCGCCACGCGUGUCAGUGGUUUCCCAUUUUCCCGCGCUUGGCACUGGUUUCUCAUUGCCAGCGCUUGGCACGCUUGGCACGCUUAGCACGCUUGGCGCGCUUUCUCAAUUUUUCACCCUUUGCCGCAGUUACCCAUUUUUUCGCGUCUCGCACUGAGCACACACUUACCCGUGCAUGGAAUCAGCUAAUCGUUUUCCUUUGCCGCAGUUUUCUCGUGAUAUUCGUGAUUUUUCGUGAUUUUGAUGUCGAUCCCUUUUUGUCUCAAGCAGAUCAGCACAGCUGGUUACCUGAAAAUUGUAACUGACUCGCAGUAAUUUUUUGUAAAUGUCCCAAACUUGCACCCUCUUAUACGUUCCUUGAAUAUUUGUCCCUUUGUUUCUUUCCUUGUAGCAAUCGGUGACCCACCAAAUGUAAUUUUAGCUACCAACCCGGACCUUUGUAAAGUAAGUUACAACUCAACUGAAAUGUUUGGUUUUUUUAAUCCUGGUUUGUUCUUUACGCUUUUGAUCUCUGCUCCUAAGUUCCUUCCUUCCUUCUUUCCUUCGUUCCUUCGUCCCUUCGUAUCUUCGUUCCUUCGUCCCUUCGUAUCUUCGUUCCUUCGUCCCUUCGUAUCUUCGUUCCUUCGUCCCUUCGUAUCUUCGUUCCUUCGUCCCUUCGUAUCUUCGUUCCUUCGUCCCUUCGUAUCUUCGUUCCUUCGUUCCUUCGUUCCUUCGUUCCUUCGUCCCUUCGUCCCUUCGUCCCUUCGUCCCUUCGUCCCUUCGUCCCUUCGUCCCUUCGUCCCUUCGUUUCUUCGUUUCUUCGUUCCUUCGUUCCUUCGUCCCUACGUUUCUUCGUUCAUUUGUCUCUCGUUUCUUUGUUCAUUCGCUCCGACAUUCAUUCGUUCGUUCACUAAUUCGUCCAUUCGUGUUGUUUCUCAUCACUCUUAAAGUACAGUUUGCAAUAUUACAUCAACGUUUCCAAGCUUAUGCGAAUUACAUUGAGGUGAAGUUACUCUUCAUCAAAACUGUAUUGACAGAGCUCCCUUUUUAUCCUUGCAGCAUAUUAAGUUUCCAGAUUUCACAAAGCAUCUCGCUGGGGGUAUUGUGGUCUGCGUAUUAGUGGCAUAUCUAGUUUUAAGGUAUUCUACAAAAUGAUAUUUUCUUGUAAAAAAUAGUUUCCAGCUGAUUAUCGUAAGCUCUCGUACUCAUUUCUAAAUGAAACUUUCCUCUCAUUUCAAAGGCUCCUUUAUCGAAACGUGAAAAUUGUCAAUGACGAUCCGCCAAUCAUUGAAGGUAACUAAGCUCGUACUUAGUGUUGUGAUUUUACCACAUCAUUGAAAAUCCAGCAGUUAUUGAUUUACCAUACGCACUCUCAUUUGAGUGUCAAAAGUAAUACUGUUUUGCAUUCGUUUUACUUCACUACGGUCUGAUUGGUUUAGAAAACUCAAUCAGAUUCAAGUUUAUUCGCAACAUGGUCACGCGUGUUUUCCCUCGAGGCCCGUCACAUGUUUGUGCUACCAGUUCUCAUUGGCUCCUCGAGCGGUUUUUAUUUCCCCUGAUUGGCCGUAAGAUAUGGUUUUCACAUAAAACACUUCGUCAAAAUUUGCUCUAAAAUGAUCUGAUCAUCCGCCGACUGGGAGCUUGCUGCUUUUUCUCAUUUCUUUAUUUCCAUUAUUUUGCGCAGAGCUUAAACGAGAAGCUGAGAUCUGGAAAAGAACUGCCGAGCGCCUGCCAAGUGUUUCAGCCGAGGAGAAAACUGUCAAAUUAUUACUACUGCAGAGGGUUAUGUUGCUAGAAAAUAAUGUCAGGAACAUGAAACGAAAUUCGUAAGUACUGACAAACGUGUGAAAAUGCGUUUACCACCACCUCCUAGAAUUAUUUCACCUUUCUAUUAGCAUUACAGGUAAAGUGUGCCUACAGGACUUACUCACGACAUAUAGCUGCAGGAAUUUAGCCCGUUUUCUGCCACAUGAAGUGAUGAGGCGUAUUUUUAUUUCCCUUGGACGAAAUGCUAGUUCAUCGUUACCUACCUCCUCCCUACGUUACCUACCUCCUCCCCCCACCCCCCCUUUCCUUAGUCUUAAGUCAACUUUCCCUAACAGUUCGCUGAUAUCAGUUUGUACUCUCCUGGGUGAAGAGAGGCAUUUUGAAGUGUGACUGCUUAGUAUCACUUUGUUAAUAUGUUAAGACGAUGAUGUGUCAAUAUGAAUUGAGAAUCUCGUCAUUGACAUAAACGUAAACGUUUCAUCUCCAACUUUGGACGGAGGUGUAGGAAGGUUAAUUGAAUUUUUGAUGCUUGAAUUAAAACUGAAUUGCAAUUAAUGGAAUAAAUAAUUUCUGUGACAGGUCCAGGAAAGGAGCUUUUCAACGAAAUCUACCAGCACUUGAAGAAAAGGUAAACAAACGAAGCAAAUAAGUUCAUAACUAGGCAGUUUCUUGACUUUAUUGUGCAAUUUUGCUUUACGUCAAAGCUGCAUAGCAGCUUGGUAUAGCUAGAUUUGUAGUGUGCCAUUGACGUUUACAAACGUAGGUAGAAUUGUUAGAGAUGGCUACGAAGCUCUUCCUUGUCUGCUAAAUACCUUGAUUAAGUUUAUUUAUGACUUGAUUUGUGUGAAGAUUUAAACUUUAUUUUCAUGUUUAGUAUGUCAUCAGAGAUAAAGCACUGUUAUUUAAGAGUCUACUCGUUAUCCUUCUGGUUGUUGUCGCCUUUUUCGUGGAACCGUUUGAGGAGCACAAAUUUAAUCUUAGUGUAGGUAAGUGCUGUAUCUAUUUAAGACCUUCCCCGAAAUCUUAUGGAAGUGUCACUAGCCAAAGAACAGCUUGUAUAUCCCCGCUCCAAACCCCCCGCUGGGUCUGGGUCUCCAUGGAGGUCUUGAACCGAUUCAGAAGGGUAGAUCCCCUCCAAACCAUCAUGCUACGCCGAUCAUGCGGUUCGCUUUGUUCCUUACUUGUGUCUGUCUUCUGUCUGAUGUAGUUAUCAUUUGCCUUGCAUCUUUUAAAUUCCCAUUCGAACAUAUUUUGACUCCUUCUUCUAGACGUAAACCUCUAUUCCUCUGGUUAUCGUAGCCUUUUCAUUUUAAACUUAUCACUGACCUUCCCCCCAUCCCCAUCCCCUUUCCCCCAAUCCCCCCUACAGCAAAACAUCGCUAGAAAACAAAGCUUCUGCCUCUAAGGGAGAAAUUUCAUUUCGCGCAUGCGCAUAUCGCUAGCAGAAGACCCUUUCAAAGUGCAGCGAAGGUAGGAGGUCACGAGGGCACUGUAAUCUUGUAAUAAAGCUGGGUAAGGUGGUAAGGGCUGGUUAGCUGGGAAAAGCAAAACUGAAGGAAACUACUCGAGGAAAAUAAAACCUUGGAUAGUAGUUUUUCUCAGCCAGAAAUAAAAACAGAAUCGAGCGAGAGAACGAGCAAAUUGUCGGAAUUGUCUAUUUAAAUCUGGAAGUUUAUUAUAAGUGUUUAGUUCAGACAUUUCCCUUCAGCCGAAAGAUUUUGUGAAAACUUAAAAUUACGUUCAGUUUUGAAUCGAUCUUUUUGCACCGUUUGUCUCAGGAUGGAUUGCUGUCCUCGGAGCCAUACUUCUUAUCUUGCUGGCUGACGUGGCGCACUUUGAAGAAUUGAUGGAGAAAGUUGAAUGGGCAACUCUGGUAUUCUUCAGCGGACUUUUCAUCCUAAUGAAGGUCAGUCAGAGAGACUUUUUUGUGAGACAUGCGGUUGACAUUUAGUUUCCGCGCUGUAUACCGGGUGGAGAGGUUUGGGUUCUUGCCUUGGGCGGCUCAUUACGUUGUGUUCUUGAUCGAGGUUCUCGCUCAAGAACAUCCGGGUAAUAUGGGCUAACGGCGAACUUUCAGAGAACCAAAAAAUUGCUGGUGGGUUACUUGUGUCGAGCCAGCAUCCCAAUCAAGGGGGAGUGAAUACACUCAUAUUCGCUUCAUUUUCACUGAUUGCGGGAUAACAGCCGGUAGUUAUGGGCCACUCUACCGAAAAAAAAAAGAAAAAAAAAGAAAAAAAAAGAAAAAACAAAAAGCUUACCCUGAAAUGCAUGGGACUGGCGCUAGUGCGUGGGUGUGGUAACAAAAGGGUUUAAUGUGAACGAGAGAUCUUGAGACGAGUAUAGGUGGAUCAACCCCCUUUGUGGACAGUAAUUAUUAUAAGACAUAUUUUCCCUUUGUAGUCUUUGAAUGAACUAGGACUCAUGGACUUUCUUGGUGAGAAUACGUUCAAUUUAAUAGAGGUAGGUUCUUCUGAAGAUCUGUUGAUAUACCUUUCAUAAAGUAAGACAUUCUUUGGUCUUUCGCUAACCACCUUUGCCCUUGGCGCGGAUUCUUGGCUUGAUGGAGUCUGGUCUCAUCAUUACAAGACCAUGCGCAACCGUUAAAGUAGAAGAGUAGUUCUGGGAGUAAAUUUUUAUGUUUUGUGCCUUGAUGUAUCAAAAGCUCAUCUCUAACUUUUUUGUUUCUGCUCCAAUUUCCCAGCAUCUUUCUCCUAGUGGUGAUCGAGAAGGUAAAAUUAAGGUAAAUAAAAUACGCUGUCUCUCACUCUUUUCAAAUAUAACUGUCUUCUUAAAAAGUAUCAACACCUUGAUCACCCGUUACGACUGAUGACAGUUAGAAACGGGAAAAUUGGACUGCGUGGGGAAAAAAAAACUCAGUUUGGGGCCUGGGGAAGAGUGCAGAAUGUGUUAACAAAACUCGAGUAGGGUUGAAGUAACAGAAGGUUUAAUUAACGAAUCAGCUUCCGAAGAAAGUUGUUUGAUUAUUUAAAUGUUUAAGUAUCAGCGAUCGCAGGUUGUCAUCGGUCACCUCCUUGAAGUAACUUCGUUUCCGAAAAAGAACACGCUAUCACCAAUUAACCCCUUUACUCCCGCAAGUGACCACGACAUAAUUUCUCCUUACUAUUUCUAUACAAUAUCAUACAGACAAGUGAUGAGAAUGAAGAGAAAUGUCAAUUGUGGGAUUACUAAUUGAUCCGAUACCAAAAUUCUCUAGACUAACAUAAUGAGAAUCGUUUGGCAGACAGUAAGGAGAAUUACUUAUGAGAUCUUGGGAGUUAAAGGGUCAAACAUAGAGGAAGGAAGGGGUAUGUGAUAAUAGAGUCCUUUUGCGCACGUGGUAUACUUAGGGGAAAUCUCAUGACUAUUUUUUUUUUUACACCGGAAAACAAAUUUUUGUUUAUUUUGGUCACAACAAUUUUUUUCCCUCCUUUUCAAAGACGUUAAUGAGUAAAUAAGCGUUGGAUAAAUUCAAACUUGUUUGCCGUUUAGUUUCUUUUUUUUUCUUCACCAGCUCGGUAUUGCGAUUAUUAUCAUUUUGUGGGUCUCCGCGUUGGUUUCCUCCUUUAUAGACAACAUUCCUUUCGCAACGGCUAUGGUAAGAAAUACUCCAAGGAACUCUUUGGUCCGCAUAGAAGCUGUGUCAGUAUCUGACAAAACUGCGCAGCUACCCGUCCCGUAACCCAACAGCAGUCAACUGGUAACAAGUUAGAGUUAUUGUGGGGUUUAGUGAGGGAUAGGUGCGCAGUUGUUCAGAUACUGACUUUUGAAGCGAAGCUUCAAUCUCCCUCACACGAUUCUGUUAUCAUUUCUGGGUAGGAAAACCAUUAGUCAAAAUUUUUUUGUACCUUGAGUAGUUGCGUUCAGUUUGCCUCAUGCUGUUGACCAGUCCCCCGUACCCGGUGCCCUCUUGGCCCCCUGCCUUCGUCGCACUUUUCAAAGGUUAGCUCUUAGCUGUUAGCUACAUGCGCAAGUGCGAGAUGAAUGUCCCCUCUAGAGGCAGAAGCACGUGAAGUUAGUAUGGUUGGUAGGGUUGUUUCUUCAGAUUUCUGUACCCAGAUAACUAACCCCUUACCCCAGGAGCUGAUUUCUUAUUAGAUCCCAGUACCCUCUGGCCCUCCUUCCUUUGCCGCACUUUGCAAAGGUGUUCUGUGAACUACACGCGCAUGCGCGAUAUGAGAUGUCUGUUUUAUCUGAGGCAGAAACAGGUUAAGGUAGUUUGAUCAGGACGUUUAUUUCAACAAUACUGCUUUCAUUUACAGAUUCCAGUUGUUUUGAAACUCAGCGCGCAUGGGAUAGACCUUAAACCCCUUGUUUGGGCACUAGCUAUGGGUUCCUGCUUAGGAGGUAAGCCUCAAAGCAGAAAAAAAUCAUCUGCCCGGCAGAUCUGAUCGAUAGUACACGUCAUGUUUCAUAAAACUUGUCACCGCAAAACUUUUAAUUUAUCGAUUUAUCGCACUCGGUUUUCUCAAGUUUGUAGAGCACCGUACUGACGUACGGGAGGUCGAGGGUUCAAAACCCAGAUCGGACCAACGCUCGCGGUCUUAAAAUAAUUGAGGACAAUGUGCUGCUUUUGCUAUGACAUUUGGUUAAAAUGGUUGUCGGAUUAGGACGAUAAAGCUUAGGCCACGUCUCCUGUCUCUUCUCUGUUGCGGCUAGCAGGGCAUGUUAUAGAUUCCACGCUCUUCUCGCUAAGAUUGGGGAACGUAGCUCCCGGUGUUGUGAUGAUAACGUAAAUUGGCCACCUUUAAGAUUUUCAGUGAGACUGGUGUUGUGGUGUGGCCUUGUUUUUUGCUUAUCUUUGUUUUACCCCGUUCGAUCACGUUCUCUGUGUGUCGCGUUCACGUGUUGUUUAGUUGUAAAGGUUUGUUUCCUCUCAGGAAUAGUAUUUUAUACGAAUCUAAGUAACCACCAUCAGACAAAGUAAACGAGUCUCUCGUAUUUUUUGGCAGGGAAUGGCACGCUUAUUGGUGCGUCGGCUAACGUUGUCUGUGCUGGGCUUUCAGAGCAGUAUGGCUACCCUAUUAGUUUCAACACAUUUUUCAAGUGAGAAUUCUCAUUUAUUUUUAUGAAACCACAGGGAAUCCAAGCUCAAUUUAUGGAUGACUUUUCGUUUCGUCCAUGUCGCAAAACUCGAAAAAGGAUGUCUGAUGAAAAAAACAAAACUAAACGCAAAUCGAGGAGGGAAAAGAACUAAAGCAUUAACAAAAAAAAAGCGACAAUGUUACAGAACAUUGAAGUCACACGACGUUGAAUGAGUCGUUUUUUUUUUACACACUUUUGCACAGCAAUGAAUGAAACGUUUGGGUAAAACCACUCGGCCAGGAACCUGGAAAGUUGUACAAACCCUCAUAAUUCGAGCUUGGACUACCUUUUUUAAAUACUGGAAAUUUUUCUUUUUUAUGUUAUUAACGAUAUCUUUCUUUUGGUUUUGUUUCAGAAUUGGAUUCCUCAUUAUGCUUGCAACCACAACAACAGCCAUGCUUUAUCUGUUGAUCAUAGAAGUUCUCGUGUAGAGAGAAUAAUGCCUUCACACGCUUUUAUUCAAUCUUCAGAUUCAUCAAUAUUACAUUGGCUGACCCGCAAAUUGCAAUAACUAGUCUAGGACGGAUCAAUAACAAAUUAAGAUUUAGAUAACUAACUAAGCUAUUAAGCUAACUGCCUAAACUGCAUUGGAUUCAGAGUUUGGAAAAGCUUAAGUUACAACUCAACACUGGAAUUUUAGUGGAAAGAAAAGGUAAAAUAAGAAAUUAUUAAGUAAAACUCGGAUGUUACAUCAUUAUUUACAAUACUGUACUUUUGUCAUAAUUGUUUCAGUAUUCAAGUAAUUAUCUUCGUUUGCGUGGAUGCCAAACAAAAUAUCAUGGUGUUUUGCUGGCAAAGAUGUUUUGGUACUGGUCUCUUCGGCAAAUUGUUCAGAAUUGUGUAAUUGUUAAAAUAAUUCUGCAAUAUUUAAAAUGACAAAAAUCAAAUGUUAAAGAAAAUUGAAAAUUGUCAUUCAACGAUUUUAUCAGCUAUGCCACGAAGGCAACGUAUUUAACAAUGAUUUAGCCUUUCGUUGCAGUUUAUUCUUAGUUAAAAAGGAAUUAAAAGGCAAAAAAACGCG